UCUUGGGCUUUAAGCCAGUGUGUGAAAAAAGGAUCUCCUUCCUCCUACGCCUUGACGACGACGUCGACGACGACCCCUUAAUCUGAUUUCUACUCGCCGGCACAGUUCUCGGGUUGUCUAGGGUUUUUGGGUUUCGAAUCGAUUUCGAAGUUCUACAACAAUGGAUCUGAAUCUGAACGCUCCCCACUCCAUGGGAACAACCAUCAUCGGCGUCACCUACAAUGGCGGUGUCGUCCUCGGAGCUGAUUCCCGCACCAGUACAGGGAUGUACGUCGCGAACCGAGCUUCGGAUAAGAUCACGCAGCUCACUGAUAAUGUCUAUGUUUGCCGCUCUGGAUCGGCUGCCGAUUCUCAGGUUGUCUCUGAUUAUGUUCGCCACUCCCUUCAUCAACAUACGAUUCAGAUGGGGCAACCGGCAACCGUUAAAGUUGCUGCCAAUCUCAUCAGGCUCCUCUCUUACAAUAACAAGAACAUGUUACAAACUGGUCUAAUCGUCGGCGGUUGGGAUAAAUAUGAAGGCGGGAAGAUCUAUGGAAUACCUCUCGGCGGAACCCUAGUCGAGCAACCAUUUACUAUUGGAGGUUCUGGUUCGAGCUAUCUGUAUGGUUUCUUUGAUCAAGCAUGGAAGGAAGGAAUGACCAAGGAAGAAGCCGAGCAACUGGUUGUGAAGGCAGUUUCACUUGCCAUUGCGAGGGAUGGUGCAAGUGGAGGCGUCGUUCGCACUGUCAUAAUCAACUCAGAGGGAGUUACUAGAAACUUCUACCCAGGGGACAAGUUGCCGCUGUGGCACGAAGAGUUGGAGCCUCAGAACUCAUUGCUGGACAUCCUGAACGCAACCAGUCCCGAGCCGAUGGCAAUGUAAUCGCAACAUCUUAUGACCGCAUCUCAUUUUUUUUUUCCUCCGGACAAACCGUUUAGCUUUUGAACUUUGGUGGUUAUAAAUCCUAGUAUGAACUCUGUUUGGGAAAAUUAUUGUACGAACCGACCGACCGACCGGCCGGCCUGCUUUGUCAAUUGGUAUCACCGUUGUUUUGCUUCCUCUAAUAACACCUUCUUGCCCAUAUA